ACAAUCUUUUAUGGCCCACACUUCCGACAGCCUGCAUGCGCUACUGGCCGAGUUGCGGGUAGAUGCAGCAAGAUCGUCAUCCAGAGGCCCGAUGGUGCUUGUGGCUGGCCCCACAGAUGCUGGCAAGUCGUCAUUGUGUCGGCACUUGUUGUGGCACUCGCAGCUCCAAGUGUACGACGAGGACACGUCCAGUCCAACCACCAGCAGCAGCAGCAGCCAGCAACACCAGCAUCCGAUUGUCUUUGCUGAUUUAGACAUCGGACAAGGCGAAAUUGGGCUGCCUGGGACUAUCGGUGCGUCGGUAGUGACACGGGACAACUUUGUUGUGCCGGCACCAGCCGAUGACCAGGUGGACUUGGCCGAGUACGGCAGCGAACACAACUUUCCGUUAACGUGGCUUCGCAACCUCCUUUUCUACGUUGGACACACCAACAUGUCGGAGAAGGACUGGCUGUUCAAAUGGUAUGUCCAACAACUGGCCACCCGCAUUCGCGAUAAGCAAGCCGCCGACCCUAGACUCGCGGCGUCCGGUGCCGUGAUCAACACGUGCGGGUGGGUGGAAGGCAAAGGCCUCCGUCUGCUUCUAGCUACGAUCGCCAUCUUCCAGCCGUCGCAUGUGGUGGUCCUAGGUGACGUCAACUUGUACAACCAUCUCUUGCAUGAACAGGUGACCCCGGUCGUGUUGGGACUGCCGCGGUCGUACUUGGCCCAACGGCGGUCGGCUUCGUCUCGUCGAGACACGAGGAACGGUCGACUGCGGACGUACUUUACUCCUCCCCCUCGUGGGUCAGGCUCUCCAGAGAGCUUCCACAUUGAGGUGGCCACGUCCCAAGUCCGCUUGUUUACCCUUGUCCAAUCCCAAAAUCUCGUUCGAGUGAAGCGUGUGCCGUUGACUGAGUCGGUAAACCAUGCUGUGGUCGCCAUGUGUGUCGUCGAGUCGGACCACAUGCUGGUGCGCUCCACAGUCUUGGGCUUCCUCUGCAUUCGCGCCGUGAACAAAGACUCGGUGGUGUUUGUGUCGCCUCGACCUGGCCCUCUCCCAUCCAACCAUUUUUUGCUCGGUCAAGUGCAGUGGCUAGAAGCGUAGAGUUUCAUAGUAGCUGGCAAAUAUGGUUCACUACAAUCGCGAUUGUAACCAUCCUACUAUAAUAGUACAGCUUAAACCCUACAAAUGCAAAAUUCGUCAAGUCCA